AUGGAGGAGUCAGUCCACCACGGUAAGCCCGUCCUUCGGCCAGUGGUUGACAUCCUGUUCCUUGGUAGCCCUGGCGUCGGAAAGGCUACCUUUUUAUCACAACUACAGCACAUCCGCAAUGGGAAGCUUGAUGUUUCUGUUCCCCGGGCACGCGUCUUGCCACCCGAGAGCACCCUGUCCUUUGACGUGACGCUCUACCGUCGUCCCUACCAGUUCAGGAUCCAUCCCUCCACCUCGACACUCUUCAUCGACGACUUCCCCGCCGAGCCAGACUUCACCAUCAUCGCCUUCUCCAUCUCGUCUCGCGAGUCCCUACACAAUGCCCAGUUCUACUGGCGGAAGCAAUUGUCCAUGCACUAUCAUGAUCAGGAGCACGCCAUGCCCGUCAUGUUGCUGGGAUUGAAAAGAGACGAGCGGACCGAGAACAGGCUCGAGGACGGAUCCUUCGAGUGCGUGAUGCCUCAGGAAGCAUACCGGGUCGCGCAGGAGAUGCGUUGCGAUCGCUAUGCCGAGUGCAGUGCCGUCACUGGUGAGUUGAUGUGGGAGGUCCUGGAAGAUAUCACUCGGACGGCCGCAAAGACCACAACCGACGAGGGUGGUCUCAGUCAAGUCAACUCGUGUUGUUUGAUGUGA